CUUUGUGUUUCUCUGUCACUAGCUUUAUAUUGUGCGGUAAUUUCCCAGCGCUAUCACAAAGACAACACCCUCAUCUUUCCAUUAAGAAAAAACCUUCCUCUGCUGAAGGCGGGGCCACGGGAACGCGCGUCCACGACUUUCCAAGCGCGCUCCCGGGCCGUGUCUCCUUCAGCUGUGUCAGAGGAGCAGGUUGGUGUGUGAGGUUGAGCUUCCCCGCUCUGGCGCGUCUCUGCUCCUCCUGCUGAAAUGGGAUUUGUGCGCUCCGAGUGGACACCGACCGGCUCCUGCGCUGCUGCUUCUGUCCGCCUUCUGGUCUCCUGCAGCCGGGGAAACCCUGCAGCGCGAGUCUGAGCGCUCACAUCCGCACCGAACAGCGUCUCUCUCCCUCCCGCUGAAGCCAGUUUGUUUCCCGACGCUUCAUUUAUGGACUAAAGAAGCUCCGAGUGAGCGUGUUUGUAAUUUCCGUUCACACAGCUGAAGAUGGAGACGGUGAUGGAGAGGGAGUGCAGCGCGCUGGGGGGGCUUUUCCAGACUGUCAUUGGAGACAUGAAGGGCAGUUACCCCGUCUGGGAUGACUUCAUCAGCAAGGCCAGCAAACUACAGUCACAGCUAAGGACGACGGUUGUCGCUGUAGCAGCCUUCCUGGAUGCCUUUCAGAAGGUGGCCGACCUGGCAACUAACAGCCGAGGGGGGACCCGGGACAUCGGUUCAGCCCUCACCAGGAUGUGCAUGAGGCAUCGCAGCAUCGAGGCCAAACUACGCCAGUUCUCCAUGGUGUUCCUGGACUGUCUGAUCAACCCUCUACAGGAGCAGAUGGAGGAGUGGAAAAGAGUCGCCAACACUCUGGAUAAAGACCAUGCCAAAGAGUACAAGAAAGCCCGUCAGGAGAUCAAGAAGAGAUCAUCAGACACUCUAAAGCUGCAGAAGAAAGCUAAGAAAGCUGAUGUCUUCGGCCGUGGAGACCUGCAGCCCCAGCUGGACAGCGCCAUGCAGGACGUCAGCGAUAAGUACCUGCUGCUGGAGGAGACGGAGAAGCAGGCAGUGAGGAGGGCGCUGGUGGAGGAGAGGAGUCGCUUUUGCUGCUUCGUGUCCAUGCUGCGGCCUGUCGUGGAGGAGGAGAUGUCCAUGCUGGGGGAGAUUACACACCUCCAGACGCUGACAGAUGACCUGAAGAUGCUAACCAUGGACCCACACAAGCUGCCCGCCUCCAGCGAGCAGGUAAUCGUAGACCUGAAGGGCUCCGAGUGCACCUGGUCCUACCAAACUCCUCCCUCGUCACCAAGCACCACCGUAUCCAGGAAGUCCAGCAUGUGCAGCAGCCUGAACAGCGUGAACAGCAGCGACUCGCGCUCCAGCGGCUCACACUGUCACUCCCCGACCUCCCACUUCCGUUAUCGCGCCUCCUCCUCCUCCUCCUCCUCGGUGCUGCCCCAGCAGACACCUGCCCGCCUCUCUUCAAUCUCCUCACACGACUCUGGCUUCAUCUCUCAGGAUGCCUACCAGUCCAAAUCCCCUUCACCGAUGCCCCCAGAGACCCUGCAGUUGACAAAUGGUUUUGACCAUCACGGAGCCCAGGACACCCACCUCCACCCUUCAUACUUCUCCUACUCCUCUCCCACCACCACUACCACCACCUCUCCCAUCUCCUCGCCCUCCUGUUCGUCCGUUUCACCCACGUGGCCGUGGUCUCGCUCAGGCUGCGGCCAAUCAGGAGAGUUCCCGCCUCUCAGCCCCUCGGGGCUUGGAGUGAUCCCAUCAUCCAGAGUCCCAUCCUGGAAGGACUGGGCCAAACCAGGCCCGUACGAUCAGCCCAUAGUUAAUACCCUGAAGAGGAGCAAGGACAGGAGAGAGACUACAGAUCCCAGCAGCCACCAGGGUGCUGAUGUCACCACACCAGGAGAGGAGCCAAACAGGGGCAAAGGAAACAACACUUCAACAUCCCCCAAGGUGGACAGGGAGACCCAUGAGGAGCUGGCCAGAGCUCUGGCCCGUGGCCUCCAGCUGGACAUCCACGGCUCCAGCAGAGAUUCCCUGCAGGGCUCCAGCGGCUACAGCAGCCAGACCAACACACCCUGCUGCUCAGAGGACACCAUCCCCUCACAGGUAUCGGACUGUGACUACUACACUGUGGGAGCAGAUCAGGAAGUGGAGCAGCAGUCCUCAGACUUUGACAAAUCCUCCACCAUCCCGAGGAACAGCGACAUCAGCCAGUCUUACCGCCGCAUGUUUCAGUCCAAACGCCCUGCUUCCACUGCUGGCCUGCCUUCCAACCCCUCUGCUGUAAUCACCCCGGGGGUUGCUACUAUCAGACGGACACCGUCCUCCAAACCCAACUUGCGACGACCAUCCGGGGGCCUCAACCUGGGCCCCAUCCCCAUCAAGCCCCCCAUGAUCCCAGUUAAGACUCCCACUGUGCCUGAACACCCUGGAUUCCCCAGUAAAGCAGCGUCAGAAGACGGCAACACACCGCGGACCCCACUAAGCCCAGCCACCACCCCUCUGUCACCAGGCAGCAACGGGUCAUUGUCACCAAAGUCUGUCCCUUGGGAGACCCAGCACUUGGGCAAGGGAUCGGAUCCUCCAACCCCACCUCCACAGCCCAGCGGUCGGUCAUCAGAGUGGGAGCGUCGACCCCUCCCAGAGCUCUUGGAGGAGACAGAAUACGCUGAGGUGGAGGACUUUCUGGUGGCCAUCCGACGAGGCGUCAAGCUCAAGAAGACGACAACCAACGACCGAUCAGCACCAAUGAUUCACUGAGACUAUGAAGGUUGGUUUGACAUGAGCCAUUUUGCGUCCCGGCUGAAAAUACUGUUGGAAGGGACACAAAAUGGUUACUGCUAAAAGCAAAUAGCUAUGACAUCAAAUGGAUGCCAGUAACAGGAGGAAGUUGCCCAGAGACUCUGAUUGAGGAUCAGUUUAGAAAUCUUUUCUUUUAGCAGUGAUUACAAAAAAAUGUGCAUCUUCACAGUUUGGCCAAAGAGUAAUCGUAUUUCCAUUUAAAUCAAAUCAAUCAUGGCAAAGAUCCAUCGUCAGCUGGGACAGCCUCCAGCCUCACCUGCAACCACAGGUGCAUAAGGAGUUAAAGAAUUUUUAAGUUGAACUGUUAUUUUCCACGACAGAAUUAUCUAAUGAGAACGUAAGCUUUCCACAAAGUGUUGACUGGACUUGUUCAGGCCAAGAAAAACACAAGCACAUCUCCCUUUAAAAAUCAGUUCUAGUUCCUGCCCGAGGCCGUGCCAGGAACUCUGAUCCGAGAUCGUUUCCUCGGGGCAACUUCGAUAACAGAGCGAGGGUGAAGGGAUAAUCCUGUCGACUGAGAGACGCCUGGACAAGGUCGACCUUGUAGCAGGAAAAAAAAAGGCUUAAAUGAAAUGAAAUCCUAAUGUUGGGGAGAAGUGAAGGUAGACGAAGAACAGAACACUUCUCAGACAGACGACACUGAGCUGGAAGGAGUGAUGGGAUAUUUUCGAGAGAUCAAAUCAUUAUUUGUAUGUACAUAUUUCUAUUUUGAUGUGUUUGUAUGUUUUACACCCUCGUAGUCUCCCAUUUCCACUAAAGGUGCCAAAAGCCUGUGUGCUGAAUAUGACUUACAUAUUUAAUGCUGGAUUUUCUUUAUGUACAAACAUGGAUAGGGUGUUUGAUAGAGAAUUAUACUUGGACACCAACUGGAAGAGAAUUUGUAUAUGUAGGGCAUUGCGUAUUGAAGAGUAUCAUUCGCAACUAAGGAUUUUAUGUUGUUACAGUAGACUGACCUGCAUGUAUUUACACUUCGCCUCAGUAUAAAUGAUCCUUUUGCCUCUUAAAUUGAAUAAUAAAACCCCGGCAGCAGGAGAGGUUCAGGAACUCUGGAUGGAACAACUCGAGGUUAAGGCUGCUGUCCAAACAACGUCCCGUCUCUGAAUUUAGAAACUGAAAACAACACUGCAAGGUGCCGUUUGAGGUUUAUUUCCUCUCACUGCAAUUCUGUUUUUGUGAAAAGCACUUUGUGAAAUUUGAACAAUUUCAAAAAUGCACAGAAAUACAGAAACACCAUUGGCAACGCAGCAUGUGCACAGCGUGCGUCAGCCAACACUCCAAGUCCAUAGCAGUGCAGUAACAGAGGCUGCUACCACAGUUUCCUCCUGUGCUACUACGCAUCUGUAGUAAAUAAAAUCAUGUGGAUUUGUGUAUUGGUCUGGUGUAAUAGAAGUGUGCUGAUUUAGGUGGCACAGAUUUAAACAGUUGUGGACGUUAUUUUAGUGAAGUUACUACUCGGUCAGCGCUUAAAUUAUGGGCCUGUGACCUGCAGUAACCUGAUGUUUAAUGCUUAAUAUCUAAAAUGCAGAAAAUCUGGUCUAUGUUGUAUAACUCGGUCGUAGUUAGCACUUUUUACUAAAUAAUGAAAUGUGCAGUGUGCACAUAUUAAAUUGUGUGUAAGCCGGAAACGUGUACAAGUCUAAGGAUAGCCGACUUCCCAAAAAUGCCAAAUGACUGCCCUGAAAGAGCAAGACGGUUGAACACAGUCACACUUUGGAAGGCUGAAAGUGGUUGGUUGACCUCCCCAGUAUUCUGCCUACAAGUAUAAAUGGUGUCAUGUAUAAAAAUCUCCUCUACAGAUGUUCCAUCUAAAGAGAGGAGAUGCACAACAUGCUGGUUUGGAGUUUAGCUUGUUUUUAGUCCUAAACCGUUUCUUACUAGCCUAAAAACACCAACUGUUCAGUGUGUGGAGGUCUUUCAGGUGGUGCGGGACACGCUGUGGUAACCAUGUUGGAGGUCCUAUACUUUAUACAGCUAUGAAGUCGAAUCAUAGAUGUAAACAACCAAAGCUGAUCUACAGAGUGCCGCUAACGUCUUAUUCAUCUUUGUCCUGAAAUUGUCUCCAGUUCAGAGACUGCUCAGAAAAAAUGAACAAAAGUAAAGUCAAAUUAUUAUUAACACCCACUUCUAUUUGAGCUUUGAUAUAUUAUCACUUAGAAAAGUGAUUCUGCUGGUAGUUCUGUAGUAACUCAUACUUACAGGAGGGUAUUUUACAAAAAUUCAAACCUGACGUUACUGCACGACCGUCUCAGUUCAUCCUCGUGAACUCUAUCCUGCGAGUUCCCCCCAUGAAACUAGAAGUGGACUCGCUCUGUAGAAAUGCCGUGAACGAAGGCCAAACUUUAAAGAUGACAUAAAAAAAAAAUACCAACAGCUUUGUAAAAACAGCACUGUGACCCUCAGCUGCCUGUGGACCUCCACGGUGGUACCACAUGAGGCCGAUGUGACCCACCAGGAGAUCCUCUUAGCUGCACACAAUCAGACCCUGCUGCAUACUAAUAUUAAUAUAAGUCCAGGAAUUAUGUAUACUUUAACUGUACUAGCUUGUUAAUACAUGUCAGAUUUUAGCUGUCAGCAAGCUGAAAUACAUUAAAACUCCCAUUUCUACCAAACAGUACUGCUAUUAUGUAGUCACCACACAAUUAUUACGUGCAUUAAGUAUUUAUUAAUUUAAAUAUUCCCAUCUUUUUCAUUUGACCUGUUGAGCAUAUAAAACCUAUUAACGAGACUAUAUUUAAUAUGCAUGUCGUCUUUCUUUUGCUUUGUUUAGCUGAGCAUAAUGAUCUAUUAGUCUGCUUCUCUCCUCUGUUGAUCCAACUCUUCUGGACCAGAAUGCAUUUUAGAUUCCUGCAGGACGCAGAAACGUUUCAUGCUGUAUGUGACGGUUGUUUGACGCCCCGUACGAUGACCGAAGCCGGCUUCGUUUUUUUAAAUCCACGCUCAUUCUCCUGUGCAGGUUUACAAAUCCAGUCGUGUGUGGCUGACGCGAUAACAAGCGUAUGAAGCUGAGUGUUUGAGCUGUGAAGACUCUGUAAAUGUGUUUGUCAUCAAUGAUCCGAGUGAGGCCGACACACACUGAGGAUCAGAGCAGCGUUAGAAUUCCCGUCUGUCAAUGCUGGAAAAUGAUUCAUUUAAAUGUCUCAAAAAUUCAGAGCACACCGGGUUAGAAAAACCAAGUUAGUUGAAAAGCCAGCGAUCCGGUCCUCAGUGUGUUUAGACGCCACUCUUGUCCCCGAGCUGUAAACACAGCAGCUGUCAGUGUGUCCGUUUAACCCUUUAAACUUUAGCCUUUCAUUUUCAGACGAGUUGCCAAAUGUCUUAUACGCUUAAAGAAGCUCUGGGUUUGAUUUAAUGUAUAAUACUCCUACUUCAGGUGCUCUCGUAUAAUUAUGAGGUUUCCCUCGUGCAUUUCCUCAACAGAUAUUGAUGCAGCCACUUUAUUUUAUGGAAAGUAUCAGAAUUCUUAUUUUGGCUCUUAGAUUAAUUAUCAUCAUAGUCUCGGGUGCUCGUUUUACAAAAACUGCAUUUUUAGUCAGUUAUCAUAACAAUAACAAAAAAAACCUAUUAAAAAUAUUUCAAAUGUCUUUCUUGUAAAUUUGAAGUACUAUAAUUUCCCUUAUUCUCGGUCAUAUAUACACGUACUGUGGUGGAUUCUCAUUUUAAACGUGGCCACAGAUUCAGAUAUGAAGUCAGUGUUUGUUCAAGUUUGUUUCUUAUGCUCUCAGAUUUGUCAGUCACACAGAGAGAGAUCCAUCGCCACGUUUAAGCCCCACCCACCUGCCGUUGAGCCUUCUGUUUGCCAGAGCCAUCCAAUCAGCAGAAAGCUGGCUUAAAGGGAUCUUAAAGAGGGAGGAGCCAGAAUGAAAAAUACAUUUGAUAAAUCACAGAUUGAUUGAGGCCUAAACUUUGGGACAGCAGUCCCUUACUUCCCCAGUUUGCUCUUACGAUGGUAAAUAAAAGGUGGACUUUAAGGCAAACAGCAGCUCUUAUUAAAAACCUUUAAAUUAGAUUUACAAAAACAACAGCGUACAGUGUGUCAGUUAAAAAGUCUGCUCCAGGUUUGAUUUAUACUCAUACAAGUUAUAAAUUUAUCUGCUAAUGGGACGGGCGUCUUUAUAGUGAAAUGUCAAAAACGAAAUCUGUUAAAAAUUCAGGAAUGAGGUUCAGAUUAACAGUUUUACUAACAUCACUCACUACAAUAAUCACUUUUUUUUUAAGCUGAUAUACAAGUGAGGUUGAAUUUUUAUUGAUUUUAAUAAAAGUAAUGGCACAUGAAUGUAACUUCUUACUGACACAUUUCCCACUGGCCUUGAACUCAGCAUAGCUCCUGUAAAAACAGCAAGGUUUUUUUUUCCAUCUAAUUUCAGCCGUUUUUUAAAAACGUGAGCAAACAUCUAACAGGUUUUAUUAAAAUCAUAAAUCUCCAGCAGGUACAGACCUUUCUAGCGCUGUGACGAACUCACUCCUGCCUGUGGUGCUAGAAGUAAAAAACCUUUUUUAUUUAAUUUUUUUUUACUACUUUUGUAAUUCUGUAAAUUCUGCUUCAUGUUCCUGAAUAUUAAUCAUCUUUUUCUAUGUAAACCGGUUUUUUGUUGGAUCUUGGCUGUAAAAUAAAACCGUAUGUUUGAUGUGCACCUGAUGACGAGGGAAACCUGCGCUUUGCUUUUAUCGUUUUUGCAUUUAAGACUUUGUUUCUAUUUAACUUCAUGAGGCUGAAGUAGGAAACCUUUAGUUUGACUGUGAGCUUGGGCUUGAGAAGAUAAACGAUUGGUUAUCUUUGGUCCUACUUUUUCAUGCAAGACGUUUUGAUUGUCCCUUAAUAAACUUAUCGAAUACUGACAAAUUA